AUGUCAACAGUCUCUCCAGCUCAAGAGACGCUCAGACGCUCUAUGCUGGGCCAUGGAGCGUGGAUGCUGCUGUCCAGCCUCGUGGGUGGCCUAGGACUCUGGUGCUACAUUCUCGGCGGUUUCGAAGUCGUGCCAGGCUAUAUUAUCAAAUUUUCUCUUCCUGGAAGCGAGCCUGGCUGGGUUCGAUGCCAUACUGGACCAGUCGCGAAUGCCCUGAUGGUGAUAGGCACAGCCCUUGCAAUUCCACAUCUUGACCUGUCAGAUCCCCUCGCCGACAAGCUAGGCUGGAUAGUCAUGAUGGAUGGUUGGUCCAACGUGGGGUUUUAUUUCUUUGGCAAUCUUUCACCAAAUCGAGGGCUGGCCUUUGGGCGCAGCCGUUUGGGCCCUUCCAACAUCUUCUCAGUCCUCGCCCUCGGUCCGGCCUAUUUCUUCGGUGUCCUGGCCAUGGGCGCAUUCGCGGUCCUCGGUUACCAUGCCUUAUACGCUCCACGAACCGCGAAACCAAUCAGCAAGUCUCGCUGA